UUCGCCAGCCGCCUUCUGAGAAUUGCGCGGGCGCCUGUUUGCUCGGCGGAAAAUUCUCAUCGCUUUGGGCUGUAGCCAUUCCUCCCUGGCUGAGAAGUGGGCUGUCCCCCCUGAGUUGUGCUAGCAAGAACGAUCCAGAAAAAGCGGCCGGCGCUGCCAGCAGGGCUCGGCUAGCCGGGCGUUAUUUUCGUGCCUCCUCCCCGCCCCCCCCACCAAGGCGGAUGAAGGGAAGCGACGGCUGAGACCGGGAACAGUGGCGAAUCUGCAACUUCUUAGACCUUUGGCCGCGCAAGGAAGGGGCAGGGAAGAGGAGCCGAAGAGCGCUCAUCCUGUCUUCCGAUUCGCCCCGCCCGCCUGACGAAUCUGCGUCUGCUCAACGCGCCACUCAAGCUUCCUCAGCCCUGGCUGGCCUCCUCCCCUCCGCCCCGCCCCCUUUCCCUCAGAGACUAGGCGCAGCUUUCGUUGCCACCGAUUCGCCAAGAGCCACGGGCCGGAGCAGAAGGACAGUGGUGGCGAAGCCUACUCUCCGGGGGAUGCGGCCAAUCUCCAGGUUCCCUGGGCCGCAACUCCCGAGCCUUAUAGGGCGCCGGCUGAGUGUACAUGAGCAGAGAUGGAGCAGGACGGUGGGGCCGAUGGGCAGAAAGCCCCGAGCUUCCAGUGGCGGAACUACAAGCUCAUCGUGGACCCUGCCUUGGACCCUGCCUUGCGCAGGCCUUCGCAAAAGGUGUACCGCUACGACGGCGUCCACUUCAGCGUCAACGACUCCAAGUACAUACCCGUGGAAGACCUUCAAGACCCCCGAUGUCACGUCAGGUCCAAAACCCGAGACUUCUCCCUCCCGGUGCCCAAGUUUAAGCUGGAUGAGUUCUACAUCGGGCAGAUCCCCCUGAAGGAGGUGACUUUCGCCAGGCUGAACGACAACGUGCGGGAGACCUUCCUGAAGGACAUGUGCCGCAAGUACGGCGAGGUGGAGGAGGUGGAGAUCCUCCUGCACCCCCGCACCCGCAAGCACCUGGGCCUGGCCCGCGUGCUCUUCACCAGCACGCGCGGCGCCAAGGAAACGGUGAAGAACCUGCACCUCACCUCCGUCAUGGGCAACAUCAUCCACGCCCAGCUCGACAUCAAAGGACAGCAGCGAAUGAAGUACUAUGAACUGAUUGUCAAUGGCUCCUACACCCCUCAGACUGUGCCCACCGGGGGCAAGGCCCUGAGCGAGAAGUUCCAGGGCCCUGGUGCAGCCGCCGAGACGACCGAAUCCCGCCGCCGCUCCUCCUCGGACACAGCCGCAUACCCGGCGGGCACUGCGGUGGUGGGCACCCCUGGCAACGGCACCCCCUGCUCCCAGGACACAAGCUUCUCCAGCAGUCGACAAGACACCCCUUCUUCCUUCGGCCAGUUCACCCCCCAGUCCUCCCAAGGCACCCCGUACACCUCCCGGGGCAGCACCCCCUACUCUCAGGAUUCCGCCUACUCCAGCAGCACCACUUCAGCCUCCUUCAAGUCCCGGCGGGCGGAGAACAGCUACCCGGAUUCCUUCUCCCGCCGCCACUUCUCUGCCUCGUCGGUCCCCACCACCGCCUCCCCGGCCAUCUCGGCCACCACCGCGGCCACCGCCACCCCCCCCUCCUCCUCCUCGGCGCUGUCCUCGUCCUCGGCGUCGUCGUCCUCUUCGUCGUCCUCUCAGUUCCGUGGUUCCGACUCGAACUACCCAGCGUAUUACGAAAGCUGGAAUCGCUAUCAGCGACACAGUUCCUACCCGCCGCGCCGGGGGGCCCGGGAGGAGCCCCCGGGGCCCCCUUUCGCUGAGAACACAGCGGAGCGCUUCCCCCCUUCCUACACCUCCUACUUGCCCCCCGAGCCCAGCCGGCCUGCUGACCAGGACUACCGGCCCCCGGCCUCCGAGGCCCCACCCCCAGAGCCUCCAGAACCUGGUGGAGGUGGGGGCGGCGGGGGACCCAGCCCCGAGGGCGAAGAAACUCGGACCUCCCCUCGCCAGGCCUCCCCGGCCCGCUCCGGUUCCCCAGCCCCGGAGACCACGAACGAGAGCGUGCCCUUCGCGCAGCACAGCAGCCUGGACUCCCGCAUCGAGAUGCUGCUGAAGGAGCAGCGCUCCAAGUUCUCUUUCCUGGCCUCCGACACGGAGGAGGAGGAAGAGAACAGCAGCGCGGGCCCUGGAGCCAGAGACCCGGGCAGUGAGGUGCCUUCCGGGUCGGGCCAUGGGCCCUGCACACCCCCUCCGGCCCCGGCUAGCUUUGAGGACGUGGCACCUGCAGGGGCCGGGGACCCUGGGGCUCCCCGGGAGUCUCCCAAGGCCAAUGGACAGAACCAGGCUUCUCCGUGCUCUUCCGGAGAGGAUAUGGAGAUCUCCGACGAUGACAGGGGCGGCUCACCCCCCCCAGCCCCGACACCGCCCCAGCAGCCUCCACCUCCGCCCCCACCCCCGCCGCCGCCGCCCCCCUACCUGGCAUCCCUUCCCCUUGGUUAUCCUCACCAGCCCGCCUACCUCCUCCCGCCCCGGCCUGAUGGGCCACCCCCCGAGUACCCCCCGCCCCACAUCUAUGACUUUGUCAACUCCCUGGAGCUCAUGGAUCGACUUGGGGCUCAGUGGGGAGGGAUGCCCAUGUCCUUCCAGAUGCAGACCCAGAUGCUAACUCGGCUCCACCAGCUGCGGCAGGGCAAGGGGCUGACUGCCGCCUCGGCUGGUCCCCCCGGGGGGGCCUUUGGGGAGGCCUUCCUCCCAUUCCCACCCCACCAAGAGGCAGCCUACGGCUUGCCCUACGCACUCUAUACGCAAGGCCAGGAAGGCCGUGGGGCGUACUCGCGGGAGCCCUACCACCUGCCUUUGCCCAUGACAGCCGAGCCCCUGCCCUCCUCAGUCUCGGGAGCAGAGGCCCGGCUGCCUCCCAGGGAGGAAGCCGAGCUGGCGGAGGGCAAGGCCCUGCAGUCAGCGGGCACCGUGGGGCGCGUGCUGGCCACCCUGGUCCAGGAGAUGAAGAGCAUCAUGCAGCGAGACCUCAACCGCAAGAUGGUGGAGAACGUGGCCUUCGGGGCCUUCGACCAGUGGUGGGAGAGCAAGGAAGAGAAGGCCAAGCCCUUCCAGAACGCGGCCAAACAGCAAGCCAAGGAGGAGGAUAAAGAGAAGACGAAGCUCAAAGAGCCGGGCCUGCUGUCGCUCGUAGACUGGGCCAAGAGCGGGGGAACCACGGGCAUCGAGGCCUUUGCCUUCGGCUCGGGGCUGCGCGGGGCCCUGCGGCUGCCUUCAUUCAAGGUGAAGCGGAAAGAACCAUCUGAAAUUUCCGAGGCCAGUGAGGAAAAGCGGCCUCGGCCCUCCACUCCGGCUGAGGAGGAUGAAGAUGAUCCUGAGCGGGAGAAGGAAGCUGGAGAGCCCGGACGUGCGGGGACCAAGCCCCCAAAGCGAGAGGAGGAACGUGGCAAGACCCAGGGCAAGCAUCGCAAGUCCUUUGCGCUGGACAGCGAAGGGGAGGAGGCGUCCCAGGAGUCCUCCUCGGAGAAGGACGAGGAGGACGAGGAAGAAGACGAAGACGACGAAGAGCGCGAGGAAGCUGUGGAUGCCGCUAAGAAGGAGACGGAGGUGUCAGAUGGCGAGGACGAGGGAAGCGAUUCGUCCUCCAAAUGUUCUCUGUAUGCCGACUCAGAUGGUGAAGAUGGCAGCACGUCGGACUCUGAGAGCAGCAGUUCCUCCAGCUCCUCCUCCACCUCCUCGUCCUCGUCGUCCUCGUCCUCGUCGUCCUCUGAGUCCUCGGAGGAGGAGGAGGAGGAAGAGGAAGAGGAGCGCCCCCCGACCAUCCCCUCAGCCUCGUCGCCUCCCAGAGACGCCCCGGCACCCCUGCCUGUGCCUGCGGUUGAGCCCGUGCCGGAGGGCGUCGCAGCCUCUGCGGUCACACCUGCCCCCGAGCAGGAGGGGUCCCCAGCCCAGCCUACAGGUCCCACUGAGCAGCCAUCUCCCACUGUGCCCCAGCCUCUCCCGGAGCCACCAGCCGGGCCCCCGGCCUCCACCCUGCGCCCCGACGAGCGCCCCUCUUCUCCUAUCCCGCUCCUGCCCCCACCCAAGAAACGCCGGAAAACCGUCUCCUUCUGCGCCGUGGAGGAGGUGCCAGCCCCAGAGCCUCCCCCGGCUGCCCCGCCGCAGGCCAGGUCUCCGGGCCCAGUCGCUCGCAAAGUGCCCCGGGGCGUGGAGCGGACCAUUCGCAACCUGCCUCUGGACCACGCGUCCCUGGUCAAGAGCUGGCCCGAGGAGGUGUCCCGAGGGGGUCGGAACCGGGCUGGAGGCCGCGGCCGCUCCGCUGAGGAAGAGGAGGCUGAGCCGGGCACGGAAGUGGACCUGGCCGUGCUGGCCGACCUGGCCCUGACCCCAGCCCGGCGCGGGCUAGCUGCCCUGCCUCCUGGUGACGACUCGGAGGCCACAGAGACCUCGGACGAGGCGGACCGGCCCAGCCCCAUGCUCAGCCACGUGCUCCUGGAACACAACUACGCCCUGGCUGUCAAGCCCGUGCCCGUCACGCCGGCGCCUCGGCCCCCGGAGCCCGUGCCCGCCCCUGCGGCCCUCUUCAGCUCCCCGGUGGACGAGGUUCUGGAGGCCCCCGAGGUGGUGGUGGCGGAGGCCGAGGAGCCCAAGCAGCAGCAGCAAGUGCAGCAGCCGCCAGAGGAGGCCGGGGAGGAGGAGGAGGAGGAAGAGGAGGAGGAGGAGGAGUCCUCGGAGAGCAGCAGCAGCAGCAGCAGCGACGGGGAGGGCGCUGGCCGCCGGCGCAGCCUCCGCUCCCACACCCGCCGCCGCCGGCCGCCCCUGCUGCCCCCGCCCCCGCCCCCGCCCCCGCCCUCCUUCGAGCCCCGCAGUGAGUUUGAGCAGAUGACCAUCCUGUAUGACAUUUGGAACUCGGGCCUGGACUUGGAGGACAUGAGGUACCUGCGGCUCACGUACGAGCAGCUGCUACAGCAGACGAGCGGGGCCGACUGGCUCAACGACACCCACUGGGUCCAGCACACCAUCACCAAUCUGAACACUCCGAAACGCAAGCGGCGGCCCCAGGACGGGCCCCGGGAGCACCAGACGGGCUCGGCCCGCAGUGAAGGCUACUACCCCAUUAGCAAGAAGGAGAAAGACAAGUACCUGGACGUGUGCCCCGUCUCGGCCCGGCAGCUGGAAGGAGUGGACACUCAGGGGACUAACCGAGUGCUUUCUGAGCGCCGGUCCGAGCAGCGGCGGCUGCUGAGCGCCAUCGGCACCUCAGCCAUCGUGGACAGUGACCUGCUGAAGCUAAACCAGCUCAAGUUCCGGAAGAAGAAGCUGCGGUUUGGCCGGAGCCGGAUCCACGAGUGGGGUCUGUUUGCCAUGGAACCCAUUGCCGCCGACGAGAUGGUCAUCGAAUACGUGGGCCAGAACAUCCGGCAGAUGGUGGCCGACAUGCGGGAGAAGCGCUACGUGCAGGAGGGCAUCGGCAGCAGCUACCUGUUCCGCGUGGACCACGACACCAUCAUCGACGCCACCAAGUGCGGCAACCUGGCGCGCUUCAUCAACCACUGCUGCACGCCCAACUGCUACGCCAAGGUGAUCACCAUCGAGGCGCAGAAGAAGAUCGUCAUCUACUCGAAGCAGCCCAUCGGCGUGGAUGAGGAGAUCACCUACGACUACAAGUUCCCGCUGGAGGACACCAAGAUCCCGUGUCUGUGCGGCACCGACAGCUGCCGGGGCUCCCUCAACUGAGGUGGGCCAGGCCCAUGCCCACACCCCCUAUUUAUAACCCCUGGUGCCCUGAGCUCCCGCACCCCCAGCCUUAGCGGGCCCGGCAGGGCCCACGUGCCCCCCCUUCUCCCGAGUGCGGGGCUCGGGGGGCCAUGAGCCCAGCGAGGAAGCCUCAGUCCCCGGGCAGCUCUGCCCCCCCGACCCCCAAGCCCCCCUCCCCGUCCCCCCAUUUUGUUUCUUUGCGGAGAAGAAGCUGUAAAUGUUUCGUAGCUGCCAGCAGCUGUUUCCUGUGGAAACCUGGGGUGCCGGCCUGUACAGAUCCUGUUCUUGGGGGCUGCCCAGCCCUCCUGCUUUGUGUUCAUGGGGACUUCCCCUCAUGCCCUGCACGCACCCCUCCCCGGUUUAGGGGUCUCUAGGGGCAGUGGCCAUGUUCUCCCCCGGGGGCCCUGCGCCCCCAGUCCUGGGGACUCCGUGCCUGGAACCCUGCCUCAUCUGUUCCUGCCAGCCCCUGCGGGCCACGCCCCCACACCCUGCUGUCCUGGAGGCUCCCGCCGAGCCCGGCCAGGACGGUGGGCGAGGUGGGUGGGCCCUUCGUGCUGGGCUGGACUGUAUAUAUGUUAAUAGCGCAAACCCAACGCCACAUUUUUAUAAUUGUGAUUA